AUGGAUAAUAUUUUGAUAUUUGUUCACCACAAGGGAGAAUGGAAUCAAAACAUAGAGUAUGUUGAUUUUGAACCGAUGGGAAUUUUAGUCCGACAAGAUUGUGAUUAUAAAAGUUUACUGGAAAUAUUGUCACAGCAACUCAAUAUCAACCAUAUGUCAACUUGCCUGGAGAUCAAGUAUCAAGUGAAAGAUAAUUACCCACCAAUAAGAAUAACAGACAAUGGAAAUCUAUCAUUCUACUUGGAAUUGAAGAAGAAAGCAGCCGACUGUAUGAUGUACCCGUUGUGUAUUUCAUUCAAGUCAUACGAAAAAGAAAUGGCAUUCUUUGAGUCAACUUUCAAUAUAUCAAAUGCGGACAUACAAUCAGGACAGCAAUCUGCAAAUGCAUCGAAAUCGACAUAUGAAGUUGAUACAACAAGUGAAAAACAGAGAGAAACUAUAUCAGAUGUGAUAAAUUAUGCUAAAUUUUUAACCGGCAGGUUCGAAAAUGAUGAAGAUGAAGCGGAAAGCAGCUUUAUAGGUGAAAGUGUGAUAACAGACCCUAAACAUGGAGAAAUCAGAGAAGGACAGUAUUACAAAAACAAAUACGUUUUGAAAUCAGUUUUGAGCUUUUAUGCAAUCAACAACCACUUCCAGUUCAAGGUACGAAGAUCAUGUGAUAGACAAUAUUUCUUGAGUUGUUGUGAUCCGGAUUGCUCAUGGAAACUUAAUGCUUCGAGAAAAGGAAAAACACAGAUUUUUAUCAUUCGAAAACUCAAUAUCAACCAUAAUUGCUCAAUGUAUGUGAGAACAAGUGAUCAGAGGCAGGCGACAUCAAAUGUGAUUGGACAAUUCAUCAAAUCAAAGUACAUAAACCUCAAAACUGUGUACAAGCCGGCUGAUAUUUUGAGGGACAUGAAAGAUGAUUAUGGAAUAAAAAUGAACUACUCCAAAGCCUACAGAUCGAAAGCCGUAGCUCAAGAAAUGGUGAGAGGAAAAGCAGAUGAGUCUUUUUCAUUACUACCGAGCUACUUGUACAUGCUAAUGGUUACAAAUCCGGGUUCUUUUGUCAAAUUGGAAGUAAAUGAUGAUGACAGUUUCCUUUAUGUUUUUAUGGCGUUGAAUGCAUCGAUAAAAGGAUGGCAGUUUUGCAUUCCCGUAUUUGCUGUUGACGGUACUUUCCUUACUUCAGCCUAUGGUGGUACGCUUUUAACAGCGUGUGCACAAGAUGGAAAUGGUAAGAUCUUUCCUCUAGCUUUUUGCGUAGUUGAUUCUGAAAACGAUGCAUCAUGGGAAUGGUUUAUGAGAAGGAUUAGAGAUGCGUUUCAAAUGCAAAGAGACAUGUGUAUUGUCUCCGAUCGACAUGAAAGCAUAAAGAACGCAGCCGCUGCUGUGUUUCCAGAAGCUACUCAUGCUUUGUGCACAUUCCAUUUGUACAACAACAUUAAAAAAAACUUCAAGAAGUCAUCAAAAGAGCUACGCGAAGCAUUUUAUGGUGCCGCAAAAGCUUACACGAAAGAGGCAUUUGACUACUACAUGAAGGAACUUGACAGUAUGUGUAGAGGUUUAAAGACUUACCUGGAAUCUGUUAAAUAUAAAAAGUGGGCGCGAGCACAUUGCGAAAACAACAGGUACAAAGUCAUGACAACUAAUAUUGCAGAAUCAAUGAAUUCCAGAAUAAGGGCUGGAAAAGAUCUCCCCGUCACUACCUUACUUGAGUACCUACGAACAAUGGUGCAAGAAUGGAGCUACGCAAACAGACAUUUGGCGAGAUCAACUUUCACAGCCCUAUCAAAAAGAGCAGAAGAUAUCUUGAAUGAAAAUUACAUUAACUCACUGAAAUUAGUGGUUUCAAAUUCAAAUGACAACAUAAAGACAGUGUUUCAACAUACAACAAAGUUCAUUGUAGACCUCAAAGAAAGAACAUGCACAUGUAGAAGGUUCCAAAUUGACGACAUUCCUUGCCCACAUGCAAUGGCAAUACUCAAAGAAAUGAAUCAAGAUCCUUACAAAUUUUGUUCUGAUUAUUUCACAAAAGAAACAAUAUUGAAGACAUAUGAGGAAACAGUUUAUCCGGUGGAAGACCAAAAUACGUGGAAUGUGCCGGAAGAAGUGGCUCAAAAGAUUGUAACUACACCACAUGGAAGAACAAAGUCAGGAAGGCCUAGAAAGCAGAGAAUUAAAAGUCGUAAUGAAACUAGAGGUCAUAGCAAGUGUAGCAGGUGUCAAAAGUAUGGGCACAAUGUGAAGACAUGCAAAAAUAUGCCUACAAAAAAUUAA